AUGUCGCACGAGCUCGCCCCCGCGCACACGCGCACGUCGGACGACGACAAGAAGGAGGCCGGGCGCGGCGCCACCGCCUCGCCCGCUGCGGGCAGCGCGAGCGAGCGGGCCGACGACGCGCACCUCGGCGGCGCACACGGCGAGGCCGUCGACCGCGAGCACCGCUGGUGGAGCAUGGAGGAGGACCGCCGCGUGCGCCGCAAGCUCGACGUGCGCAUCCUGCCCAUCCUCUUCAUCACGUAUCUCCUCGCCGCGCUGGACCGCUCGAACAUCGGCAACGCCCGCACCGCCGGCAUGAACAAGGACCUCGGCAUCUCGUCGCCGCAGUUCCAGUGGCUGCUGACCAUGUUCUACAUCGGCUACGCGCUCUUCCAGUGGCUCCUGCUCGCGCUCAAGAUCCUGCCGCCGUCGCGCUGGAUGGCGGGCUGUGUCUUCGUGUGGGGUGUCGCGUCGGUGCUGCAGUCGACGGCGACGGGCUGGAGCGGCCUCAUGGCCUGCCGCUUCUUCCUCGGCGUCGCAGAGGCCGGCUUCGGCACGGCCGUCGCUCUCUACUACUCCUUCUUCUACCCCAAGGAGGAGAUCGGCAUCCGCUUUGCCAUCUUCCUCACCUCGUCGGCGCUGGGCAGCUGCAUUGCCGGCUCGAUUGCGUACGGCAUCCAGCAGACGCGCACUGCGGUCGAGCCGUGGCGCCUCCUCUUCAUCGUCGAGGGUCUGCCCACAAUCAUCGUCGCGUUCAUCGUGCUCUUCUUCCUGCCCGACUCGAUCGCCAGCGCCUCGUUCCUCACGCCGCGCGAGCGCUCCAUCGCCGAGGCGCGUCUCUUCCGCGAGACAGUCGACCGCAGCGCGGCGGCACGGCUCGACGAGCAUGCCGGCGCGGGCGAGCAGAAGCAGAAGUUCAGCGCACUGCGCGCCAUCAAGGCGGAUGUGGCGGCCAAGCUUGACUUCUCCAACGCAAAGGGUGCUCUGCUUGACCCGAUGGCCUGGACCUCGGCAAUUCUGCUGUUCAUCGUGAACGUCAGCUACUCGUCGGUGCCGGUCUACCUGCCGACGUUUAUCAACGAGCUCGGCUACACGAGCAUCCGCAGCCAGGGCCUGUCGGCGCCGCCGUACCUGGUCGCUUGGAUCAUGGCGCUGGCCAUCGUGUACGUCUCCGAUCGGCUGAUGGUGCGCGGCGUCUUUGUGUGCGGCAUGUUCUGCGUCGGCAUCGCCGGCUACGUGAUGCUGGCCGUGUCUGAGAACGUGCACGUGCGCUACGGCGCCACGUACCUCGUCGUGCUCUCGCUCUUCACCGACAUUCCGCUCAUCUACAUGCUCAACAUCCACAACUCCGUCGGCGAGUCGCGGCGCGGCGUGGCGCUCGUGGCGCUGGGCGUCAUCGGGCAGUGCGGCCCGUUCCUGGGCGUGCGCCUCUUCCCCGACGCCGACAAGCCGCUCUACCGCAAGGGCAUGUGGACGUCGACGGGCAUCCUCAUCGGCGGCGCGGCCAUCUCGGCGACGGCGAGCCUGCUGCUGUGGAUGCGCAACCGGCGCCGCGACGCCGCACAGGCCGCGCUGGAGCGCAGCGAGGGCUACGCCGUCGAGAAGCGCGCCGACCCCGACGACGAGCGCUGGCGGCAGAAGCUCGACGUCGCACGGCGCGGCGAGGCGUCGAUCUACUUCCGCUACCAGGUCUGA